AUGGCCAGCAAGUCAGUCUUUGUUGUUGCUAUAGAUUUUGGCACAUCCUACAGCGGAUACUGUUUUUCUCUUGCUUCAGGUACAGACCAAAUCCGCCAGGUGUACUGGGGAACAGAGCAUGGGUUCAAGAGCCCAAAGACACCCACAUGCAUCUUGUUCAACCAGCAGCAGGAGUUCAAGAGUUUUGGCUAUGAUGCUGUGAUGAAGUACAAGAGCCUGCCCUCCAGCAAAGCUGAGAGCUGGUACUUCUUCCAGAACUUCAAGAUGAAGCUGUAUAACACAAAUGUCACAACUGGCAUGGAGCUGAAAGCCACCAAUGGAAAGAUGCUUCCUGCCCUGACAGUCUUUUCUGAAAGCCUGCUCUACCUGAAGCAACAUGCCCUGAACACCGUUGAAGAGGCCUCUUUCCAAACCAUCUACGACCAGGAGGAGAUCACCUGGGUCAUUACUGUCCCAGCCAUAUGGAGUUCUGCUGCCAAGCAGUUCAUGCGUUUGGCAGCAAAAGAGGCAGGAAUGAUCUCUGACAUGCUCUCUAAAAAUCUGAUCAUUGCCUUGGAGCCAGAGGCUGCAUCUCUGUGGUGCAAACAGCUUCCACGGGAAGGGUUUAUGGCAGACAGCAGUGACAAGAAGAAGUUUGAAGACUCCCCUGGGAUCCAGUAUAUUGUUGUUGACUGUGGAGGUGGCACAAUAGACAUCACAGUACAUGAGAUCCAAGAAAACCAUUGCCUGAAGGAAUUACACAAGGCAACUGGAGGUGGAUGGGGAGGCAACACAGUGGAUGAAAACUUCACUAAUUUCCUCAGGGAAAUAUUCAGUGAUGGUGUAUGGGAUGAAUAUGUAAAGAGCCACCCUACUGAAUUACAACAUAUGAUGUACAACUUCAGUCUACAGAAAUGCUCUGCUAGCAGAGAGGCAGUCUACAUACAUUGCUACUACAACCUGACCAGAGUGGCAGAGUGCAAGAAGAACAUCUCUCAAUUCUUCAAAAAAGCAGAAGGAGCUUUGUGGUGUGAUGGGAUGAUCAUGAUUACAUACGAGAAAAUGAAGAGCUUGUUUGACUACAGUAUCAAAAAUAUAAUUUGUACUUUGAGGGAAAUUCUUGACAAACCUGGGAUGGCCAAGGUCCAGUACAUUUUGCUUGUGGGGGGCUUUGCGUCCAGCAUCAUCUUGAGAGAUGCGAUCAGUCAGGCCUUUAGCAAGAAGUAUCAUAUCCUUUGUCCAGUGGAGGCCCAAGCGGCCAUUGCAAAAGGGGCUGUUUUAUUUGGAGUCAAUCCACACCUUGUUACCUCAAGAAUCAGUGCCAAGACAUAUGGUUUAAAAGUAAAUCAGAUAUUCGACGAUGCUAUCCAUGAUGCCUGUAAACAGAAGGUCUCAAAAGCUGGUGGUUAUGUUUAUUGCACAGAUCUCUUCCGGAAAUUGGUGGGAAUUGGGGAGUCAGUGAAUAUAAAUGAAGUUGCCCACUAUGAUUUCUCUCCAACAGAACCAGAUCAAAAAGAUGCAUACUUUGUUUUCUAUUGCACAGAAAAACAGGAUGCUCAGUAUGUAGAUGAGGAAGGGAUUGAACAGCUUGGGUUCUGUACAGUGCCAAUGCCAGACACCCAUCUGGGGACACAACGCCAGCUGAAGAUGGAGAUUAAGUUUGGGCUCACUGAAUUUAAAGCUACAUGUAGUGAUCUUACUUCCAAAGAAAGUCGGACAGUUAUAAUAGAUUUUUUAACUGUAUAAAUACUCAGUAUAUUGAGCAGCAGAGACAAUAAGUCUAGGGAGAAAAUGGCUUUAGAGGGAGGCAUAAUGGUCAAAGGUUGGACUUGAUAACUUUGGAGGUCUUUUCCAGCCGUAAUGAUUCUAAUGAUUCAAUGAAUCCUACAAUAGAGAGGCAUCUGUACCAAUAAGUCCAUCAUAUACCUUUCUGUUUACACAGGUAAACUGCUAGUCUGAUUCCCUGGUUCCUUCCAUUGCCCACCAACCACACUUUCCAUUGUAUCUGACAGCAGGUUUAUCUGCUGCUUUAUCUCAUGCUGUUUUAGCUUGCAUCUCUGAACACAGUAGUCCAUACCACCGAUAUAAUCAUCUGUAUUCUACCUGUAUUUGAUGCAAAGACUUUGGAUAGUGUCUAACUUCCACAUAAACCAUCCCACAGCUGUUUAUUUUAGCCUGGCAUGUUCUUUUAGCUGCAUCCUCUUUUCCUCUGAUGCCAGUUCUCUUUACCUGGAGUCUAGAUUUAACUCUGCUGGGGGUGACAUUCGAUGGAUUUUUUCCAUGAUGUCCUGAAGUGUUUUCUUCAGGACAUCACUUAUAUAAAUUGUUUGUAAUUAAAGUGUUUGUAUCCUGAACAGGAGCACUCUGUGAAGCAGUCUGGGGGCUUGUGUCCAAAACCUGUGGCAGUAUUGUUUCUGUUAAAUUAUUGGGUGGUUUGAUCUCAUUAACUGGGCAGAUAUGAACACCAGAUUGUAACAUUACAGGUAUGAAUAGGACUUAUGCUGCUGCCUGAGCCCCUCUGUCCAGAUCUAGGUACUCUCUGCAUCUCUGACUUGGGCUUCAUAUUUUCCAUAUCCAUAAAAUCUAAUUUCUUUGCCUCCUGCCUACAGCACCUAUGCAGAGGUUCAGCGCAGUGUGGCCUGCAUGAGCCUAAAUUUGUCUAAGAAAAGGAUGCAGUCCUGCAGUGUGCUGGGUUGGGCGGGGGCGGAGUUAACUUUCUUCAUAGUGACCCCCUAUGCUGGUGUGUGAUUUGUGACCAAAAAUGGUGGUGUUAGCACAUUGAUGAUCUGGGGAGAGGCAGGGUGAGGUUUUUGAAGUUUUUUUUCCCCCUUCACUAAGGAUGUAAACUUUCUCUGCUGAACACCAGCCUGUCCCAAUGCAAAUUUUUGGUUACCUGGAUACAGUGCAGGAAAACUCAUCACUGGCAUCUUUAUUAGCUUAAUGGUCACGUUAGAGUCACUGCUAGCCAUGGACUUAAUGUUAUCAGUUGUGAGAGCAGCAUU